GCAAGGAAAGUUUGAGUUGAGAAGAACGGUCCAGGACGGCGAUGCUUUACUAUGGUUCGCUCAAACCAGAUGACGUGAUUGGGUCCUGGUGUUGCAACAUCGGUUUUCCUCUUUCGACGGCCCGAGGCUGCAUGCUGACACGCAGCUGGCAGGCGCAGCAUGAGCCCAGCGGCGAAAAGUCUGCUUCGAGGUCUGAUAAGGAAGGUCGCUAUAUAUCUACGAUGUCUCAAACGAUCCUUCUGCCAAGUCACGCCUUCCCUCGUGACCAUACAACAUGGCUUUGCAACAGGCUAUCGCCAGUACCUCGGAGCGAACCCCUCUGCUCUCUCGAUCCGGCGACACUACCUCUACUAGCAGCCUAAGUGUGUCCUCAAGCGAUGUCUCAAGUGAAGCAUCAGUCGAAGGACGACGCUCGCUUUGCAACGAGCCUUUACUUGACGAAGAGGCACGACUCGAGUUCAAGCCAGAGACACCGCUAGCUUCAACAUCUGCCUCGGUCGGUCACAUCGUAUGUGUCCUACUCAUCGGCACAUUUAUCUCGAAUGCCGACUCCUCGCUACUUUUCGCUACGCACACUAUCAUUGCCUCCGAGUUCAAUGCACUUCACGACUCCAGCUGGCUCCUUACCAGCUUUGCCCUUGCACAGGCAGCAACUCUGCCUCUGUACGGGAAGCUGAGUGACAUAUAUGGUCGUAAAUCACUCUUGCUCCUAGCAUAUACACUUUUUGCGGCCGGUUGCUUCUUUGUCGGAAUUGGAGGGUCCAUGUCAGAGCUGAUAAUUGGCCGAAUUGUGUCCGGUUUGGGGGCGUCUGGAAUGACUGCGCUAGUCUCUAUACUGAUUACAGACCUGGUCCCUCUUCGCGAUGUUGCUACAUGGCGAUCUUGGGUGAACAUUGUUGCAACCACAGGUCGCAGCAUCGGAGGCCCUCUCGGUGGUUGGCUGGCUGAUUCGGUGGGAUGGAGAUGGUCUUUCCUGGGUCAGGUUCCAUUUGCUGGAGUUGCUAUCGUACUUGUGUGGAUAACUUUGCCCGCGCAUAUCCAUCAUCAACUCGACGAGGAAACCAAGGGAAGCAGAUUCGGCCGUAUCGACUUCCUUGGAGCUACUCUUAUGACUCUCAGCAUCUUGUGCUUGCUACUACCGAUGGAGAUUGGCGGAGAUAGGAUCCCAUGGUCGGACCACAGGAUCUUCAUGCUCUUCGCUGCAGCUCUCAUCUUUGGCGGCUUAUUUCUCGCAGUCGAAGGCUGGGUAGCCAAGGAGCCUAUCAUUCCAUUGUCCGUUCUUCAUCACAAGGAGGUGCUACUCUCGUCCCUUAUCAUGAUGUGUCAAGUGGGCGCGCAGGUCGGGUUAAUGUUUGCUGUGCCGCUUUACUUCCAGGUCACUGCCAAAGCGUCGUCAACCGUUGCUGGAGCUCAUUUGUUCCCUGCUGUAUUCGGUAACGCUAUAGGUGGCCUAAUCUCUGGCGCCAUCAUCAAAAGAACUGGUCGUUAUAAAGCGUUGACUCUUGUCGCCACGGGCGUCGCAUCUCUGGCGUACAUGCUCUUGAUCUUACGCUGGCAUGGCAACACCAACUGGCUCGAGUCUCUGUACAUCUUUCCCGGUGGCUUCGGAACCGGCAUCGCAAGCUCAACACUAUUCAUUAGCAUACAAGCCGCUCUCGAUCCCAGUCUCGCAGCCAUUGCUGCUUCUACUCUAUAUCUUGCUUCGUCGAUAGGUAUGCUAGGCGGUAUGGCAGGUGUAAGCGCGGUCUUGCAACAGUCUCUGAGGAUCAAUCUUAAUGAGCGUCUUACGCAUCUUGGCAUUAUGGACCAAAAGAAGUGGAAGAUCAUCGAGAAAGCAGUCUCAGAUGUCCACUACAUCAACAAGGUGAAGCCGGACAUUGCAAACGCCAUUAUCGGCUCAUACAUUGGAGCUUUAACUUGGACACACGUUGUCUCAUUGGCGUGUGCGCUCACUGGCUUCAUUGCCACUAUUUUCCUCAGACAACACAAGCUGUGAUUGUUUCUAGUUUCGAUUAGUGGUCAUGAGAUCAGUCCUCCAUCUAGGGGACGCGCAUGGAUCAAAGCUGCUUGCGUAUGUGGACCCGAUUUCUAGACUCGUCACAUGUCGAUAAUUGCUCGUAAGCAGAACUGCCCAUCAA